AUGUGUUGUUGCACGCGGUUGCAUCGACAUCAAAUUCAUCUAAUAAGUUAUGGUAUUGUUUCUUGCGGUCUUAUUAUGACGGGUCUAGUGUUCACAGUUUUUGCAAUUUUCCAAAAAGAGUCACAAAUUGGCAAAGUGUGGCUCGCCGGACCGACAACGAUGGUCGUUGGCCUGGUGCUCGCCGGUAAAGUGAUUAUCGAUUGGGGUCCCGCAAUGCUUCAUGGACGCGAAGGCUCUAUAGAUUCGCAAUUUUUUGAACAAAUGAACAUGCCGAAUUCACAGUUCCAUCCAGAACCAACACGACAACCACAAUUUAGGAUAGAGCACGAACCGAAAUGCAACGGGGCGGCAUCGCAUCGCUACGUACAGUCGAAUAACAAUACUGGCAUCCAUUUUCCAGCCGGGUAUCGUCCUCCUAUGCAGUAUUUACAUAGCCCUGAAUCUGAAAAUGGGAUGCCACGAUUGCCCGGCGGUUUGCCUCGAAGUUCAAUUGGAUGCUUACCUUCACAUUCUGUCGAUCACACAAUUUCACCCGACAACUGUUUGGUAUACUCGCAUUACAACUCAUCGCUCAAUAAAUUAACGUUCCGGGAUGAUAGGUGUUACUCAAUUCCUCGGCACAUUAACAAUAUCAAAUCAUCUCCUCGAAGCCAGAGAUCACCAAGAGCUUCUCUGCACAAUACAUUUUCGAAUCAUUCGAAUCCUUCAAAUAAUUCGGGCCAUUCUGGCGAGCAGUCAUUGGCUUUAAGCGAUACAUGCGAAUGCACCCAAUAUGGCUCAAUGCGUCGCGGCCCAUCUUUGAUCCCCAACGGACAAAACGAUAAUCCUCCAUACCAAGGCGAAUCAUUUGUUUUAAAUGAGCGAAGCUAUCUUAUAUAA